UAUCUGAUGACAGCCAAUGCCGUAUCACGUUUGUAAUACGUUACUUAGCAUUAGUCGCAUCCGGUUGAGCCCUUCGAGCAGGUCCGCUCGGGUUUUUAGUUUGAAGCUUGGCUCUCGGUCUCCAGGAUGUACGGGUCGUUCCGGGUGCUGCUGCAGGUGCUAUCGGCCCAGCUGCUCUGCGUGUGGGUGCUGGGCUCCGAGCUAACGUUUGAGCUACCAGACAACGCCAAGCAGUGCUUCUACGAGGACAUCAUCAUCGGCACCAAGUGCACACUGGAGUUUCAGGUGGUGACCGGUGGCCAUUAUGACGUGGACUGUCGUUUGGAAGACCCAGAAGGCACUACACUGUACAAAGAGAUGAAGAAGCAAUAUGACAGCUUUACCUUCACAGCAGCCAAGAAUGGCACCUACAAGUUCUGCUUCAGUAACGAAUUCUCCACCUUUACGCACAAGACCGUGUACUUUGACUUCCAGGUUGGCGAUGACCCUCCACUCUUCCCCAAUGAGAACAGAGUCACUGCUCUCACUCAGAUGGAAUCAGCUUGCGUGUCGAUCCAUGAGGCCCUGAAGUCGGUCAUCGACUACCAGACUCACUUCCGCCUCCGUGAGGCACAGGGACGCAGUAGGGCUGAGGACCUCAACACCCGUGUUGCAUUCUGGUCCAUCGGCGAGGCCAUUAUACUUCUGGUGGUCAGCAUCAGUCAGGUGGUCUUGCUGAGAAGCUUCUUCUCUGACAGGAAGACCACAACUACACGUGUCGGAUCGUAACAGUCUUUGAGCCCCGGGAUCCGAUUCUCCACUUUCUUUAUCCGUACCUGGACACCUGGACCUGUGCAUAGAGUAGGUUAGAAUAUCAGUGCUGACCUGAAAUUGGAUCAUAUCAAACUGCCAGGUUGUACGAUCUGAAACGCCAUCCAUAUUUAGCACUGAUUUUCUUACAAACUUUAUGCAAAUUAGUCUUGAGCUUAAAGGUUAUGUAUGUUUAAAAUGUUUGAGGGGUAAAAGGAAAAACCUAAAAAACAGGCUUUCUUUUAUUGCUUCUAACUAUCUGUGUUGGAGGCAUUUGAAGGUUAAAGCAGACCUUAAAUACUUAAAAUAUUUGAAAUCAUUUCUAAAUGUGUUCUUAUUGUAUUUGUGUUCUUUUCUAUCCCCCCGUCAUCUCAAAUGCUCUUUCCCUGAACUCGUCCAUCUUUCAGCUCAAACUGUGCACUGAAAUAACCAAGAGUGGAAUUUCUGACUAAAUGUACUCAUAAUGCAAAGUUAUGGAUUUGUUUAUUUCUUUACGUGCAGAGCAUUGGGUCCUUAAAAAAACAACUGGCAAGGAUGGAGUUUUACCCCACAAAGGUUAAUUUGGUUAUGAAAAUAUGUUUUUUUUUCUUUAUUAAACCUCACUGUAUUAAGUGAGAGAGUAGAUAUUGUGUUGUGUUUUUAUCAGCUUUUUCAUUUUAGACGAGUUAUUAGAGUAUGCUGUAUUUAGAAUAAGCCAUCCUUGAAGAUAUUUGUAUUUGGUUUGAAGGACUGAAGGCUGGAUUUUUCCUUACGGUAAAGUCACGCUUGAGUUUGACCACACCCAGGCGAAUUAUCUCUUAAAAAAAAAAUUAAAAUUAUCCAUGUGGCUCAUUUUGGAAGGUAAAAAAGAAAUGACGGAUAUUAUUAUUUUGUUUGAAAAAUGACACAUUUUUGGAAAUGCCCAAUAUUUUAAGUGCACCAUGUCUUUCACUGGUUCCUUUGUUCUAGCUAGUUCUUCCGUUGCUGUUUAAAGUGUAACAACUUAUUUAUCUUGUGGGCUGAUAUUGCUCUUUUGCUUUUAUACAGCACUGUUGUAAAAUUCAUGUUUUGCAGAAAAUUGCUUGACUAUAAGUAAAUUCCAGUAAUUUUGAGUUGUAGUUGUAAGUUUAAAUGAUAUUCCCUGACAGCCGACUCAAUUCAUUUUCCAAAGGAACAGGAAAGAAGAUUUAGGCUGCUUAAAUCUAUUAUGGCGCUAUAUAAUAUGACAUUUGAGACAUUUGAGUCUGCAGUUACAGGCUUACUUCAAGCUGGUAGUGUUGCUGCAGCCAGGAAUCAUGUAGAAAAGUCAUUGGGUCCUUCUUUCUCUCACUGUUCACUGAUUUGCAAACAAAAUCUAACAGCAAAUUUAGCUCUUAGACACAGGCAUGAAGUCUGACACAGGAAAUACCUGAAUAUAAUGUCGUCCUUUUGAAUCCACCUGUAGAAUUUUUACGUUACACAAUGUCAAUGAAUGUGACUCAGAGCAGAACACCUGGCAAAUCUAGCAGACAUCUGUUGUAAUGUGACAUAAAUGACAUUUUUUAUAUUCAUGACAAAGACAGACUUUUACCCGUAACCCAUUGAAUGAAACCACAAACAAUGAAUUUAUAGUUUGGUCUUGUUUCAUGGUCAUAACUGGUUCUAGAGACAUGUUUUUAUUUUAUUCAUGUAUUGGUUCUGGUUUGGCUUUGCUUUCUCUCUGCAUGCUUUUCUCAUCAACAUAAUGUUCGUCAGUUUUGGUAGGUGGUGAAGGGUUGGCAUUUCAGUUUUAGCUUUAUGCGCUGACCGGUCAUUUUUGGAAUAGAGCUGCAAUGAUUAAUCGAUGAGUUGUCGACUAUUAAAUUAAACGUCAACUAUUUUGCUAAACAAUUUAUUGGUUUGAAUAAUUGUUUAAGAAAGAAUAAAAAUGAAUGCAGUUUCUUAAAUGUGAA